AUGCGCAGUGGCCAGGCACAUCCUACAGGUGUUGGGGGCGCUGGAGGUACGGCGGCAUCACUUCACUGCGGAUUGGCUGAGUCGGGAGACUAUAGGAAGGUUGUGGAGGACAAGCUGAAGCUUGAGGGUUGGCUGAAGGUCAAGGUCCAGGAGAAGUGGGAGACCUACAUCGAGGAAUCCAUGAAGGGCAUCUUCAGAUGGCCAGGAGGAGCGGCAGUGGGAACGCUGUCGCAGGAUCCUGGGCACACCGCCGGACCUUAUAUCGUCCCGUCGUGGCAAAAAGGGAGCGCGAUUGAGUUGGGUAAGGGACGCCUGCCGGGCGAUUGCAUGGGCGCGCUUGGGAGGAAACUCGGCUAUGUGGUGAAGGACUACGAGCGCUUGACCACGCUCUAUCGUGACCUAGUGGCCAAGCGCAAGAUCAUCAUCCUGGCGCACCUGAGAUCAACUGGAGCUGAGGGGCCGUUGCCAAACCUGGCCCCCCGGAGUGCAGCAGAGCCGUCGAGCAUCCAACGCACCUUGGAUUCAGCCGCCGGAGCAGUGAAGCAGGAUUGGCUUGGAAGUGGCGUUGAGCUGGACACUUACAAGGAGAAGGGCGCGAAGGAGCUCCUCUAUGACAUCACAGGUGAAGUGGCGGGAGGUCGCCUUGAAGAGCUGCACCUGCUUCGUGAAGCGGGCGCAAAGGAAGACUUCUUCAAGAAGGAUGCAGCCAUGAAUUCCCGCAGCAGAGUGCCCAUCGCCUCCUGGCAUGGUAUGACAGAGCGCUGGCGCCAAGAAGCAGCUGAGGCCCCAGAGACGAAGAAGGGUGACAACCGGAACCCUAGGCCUAGCUAUGAGAAGUGGCUAGCAUCUCAGAAGACCAGUGCAAUCGGUCGUGGUCGUGAACGCCUUCGACUUGAUGCAAAUCGAGAGCUGCGUCGAGAUCAAGCCUGGCUCGACGCCUUGGCCGCAGAGGCUGUCAUGUCCAAGCUCUUGGAGGGGACACGUGCUGGCUACGAGGUUGGUUGGAAGCAAUGGUGUCUGUGGCGCCGAAUGGGGAAGAAGGACGUCUACCUCACCGGCGAGAGCAAAGAGGAACGCAAGUUUGGCGAAGAUGAACUUCUGCGCUUCAUGACCUGCCUUGCGCACGUCAUGGGUAGGACAGAGGGGACCAUCAAGCAGAGGCUCUUUGCCAUCAAGAUGGGCCACCUGGUCGCAGGGCAUGAUGAUCCUACCCAGCACAAAGUUCGAAUUUGGGCAGCUCUCAAUGGUUACAAACGGUGGCAACCUGAGACCAAGCGGAAGUACCCGGUGCUGCCAGCAAUGCUUCUCUGGAUCAAGAGGCACUUGAACACCAGUGAAACCCUAAGCAGGGUCGACCAGGUGAUCUUUUGGGCGGCAAUCAUGGUGGGAUUCUUCUUCCUGCUGCGUGCCUCGGAGUUCCUGGUGACGCUUGGACGCUCAUGGGAGACCUCGAGGACAUUGAAGGGCAAUGAUAUUGAAGCACGAAAGGACAACCGCCAGGUCAUGAACUUCUACCAGGCGGAGGAGAUCGUGAUCUACCUCAAGGGCUCGAAGACCGACCAGUACAACCAGGGCACGGUCCGCAACCAGUUCAAGAGUGGAAAUGAGCUUUGUGUGGUGACGGCCUUGGCUGAAUACCAAGCUAUGAAACCUGAACGUUUUGCAGGGGCUGGAGCGGAUCAGCCUUUGUUCAGGUUGGAGAAGGGCAAGCCCCUACAGAGGACUGACAUCCAGGGCUUGAUUCAACUUGCAGCCGUUGCAGAUGGACAAUCUACGACUAGGUAUGGAUCCCACAGCCUUCGCAUCGGUGGCGCCACGGCUAUGUACCAGACCACGAAGGACCUGGACGUCGUGAAGCACUUCGGCAGGCGGAACUCAGACGCUUUCCAUGGCUGCUUGUGGGAGUCUCAUGAACGCCAGAAGGACUUGGCGAAGGGCAUGGCUAAAGCAGACGGCCAGCUACUUGCCCCUCGCAAGAACAAGCGGUUUGAGAAUUCGAAGAGUCUCAGCGAGAAGACAGCUUUUGACGGAGAGGAGGCCUCCCAAGCACCAAUGGAGCAGAUGGGGAAGAACGGCUAUCGCGAGACGACGCAUGCCUUAGGCAUCCUUGACGACGAAGAGCGCAAGAUGCAUGGCUACAACGUCCAGAAUGCCUCCGUGAAGACAGCCAUGGUGCGCAAGGGCUUCGCCUCCUCUGAGAACAGUGACGGCCAAAUGGGCUGCGAAGCAUAG